AUGCUCUUCAAGACUCUUGUCGCUACUGUCUUCGCUGCCGCCUCUGGCCUGGCAGCUCCUCUCACAGCUCGGGACGAUCCCUUCUUCGCCCCCUCUGCCAUCUGGCAAUACAAUGUCCGCAACGGUGCCAUCUCCUCUGCGACUGCGGGCCUGGUCUCCAAGUCCACCAGCAACAAUGGCAACGACAUCACCACACUCCUGACCUUUACCUACCCCUCCGAGGCCGAGGGCAAGCAGUGCCAGUUUGCCUUCUACCUCGACAACGGAGCCACACUCACUGGGAGCAAGAAGCUCGAUCUCUUCACCAGCAACAGCCCAGCUCCCGGACCUACCUCCGGCUGGGGCCCCGGAAACCAGCGCAACAUCCACCUCGGUCGUCUCAGUGCUGAUCUCGGCUCGUUUGCCACGUGGGAUGCCACCUACAACGCCUACCUCACCGAGAAGACAGACUGCAAGGCUGCCGGCACAACUGAAGGCUUUGAGCUUGUUGGUGUCUACGACAACGACGUGGUCUCCUGGAACCCCGAUGUUGCUGGCCCUCGCAUCAUCUACACUUAA